AUGGUCAAGAGUCAGAGCUUUGCGCUCCGUUCCUGCAUCCUCCAAAGCCGCCCAAGGGGUGCAGAAGAAGCUGGACAAAUUUGCAGAAACACCCUGGGUGCAGCAUUUGUUGCUACAAGAAACAUCCAUGCCUCCAAAACAUGCUUUCAGAAAACUGGCACCGCUGAGGUAUCCUCUAUUCUUGAGGAACGUAUUUUGGGAGCUGAUACCUCUGCUGAACUUGAGGAGACGGGCCGUGUGCUCUCGAUUGGUGAUGGUAUUGCCCGUGUGUAUGGCCUAAGAAAUGUCCAGGCAGAAGAAAUGGUUGAAUUCUCUUCUGGAUUGAAGGGUAUGUCCUUGAAUUUGGAGCCUGACAACGUUGGUGUUGUCGUAUUUGGUAAUGACAGACUGAUCAAGGAAGGGGAUGUUGUGAAGAGGACUGGUGCCAUCGUGGAUGUUCCAGUUGGGGAAGAGCUGCUGGGCCGCGUUGUAGAUGCCCUGGGCAAUCCAAUUGACGGGAAGGGUCCUAUUACAUCUAAGACGCGUAGAAGAGUUGGCUUAAAGGCCCCUGGAAUCAUUCCCAGAAUCUCUGUGCGUGAACCUAUGCAGACUGGUAUUAAGGCUGUGGACAGCUUGGUGCCAAUUGGUCGUGGCCAGCGUGAGCUGAUCAUUGGUGACAGGCAGACGGGGAAAACUUCAAUUGCGAUUGACACAAUAAUCAACCAGAAACGAUUUAAUGAUGGAACAGAUGAGAAAAAGAAGCUGUACUGUAUCUAUGUUGCAAUUGGCCAGAAGAGGUCUACUGUUGCUCAGCUGGUGAAGAGGCUCACUGAUACAGAUGCCAUGAAGUACACUAUUGUGGUG